AUGGCGGGCGGUAUUGUUUCCGCUUGGAGAAGGCAAGGGACGCUGGAGUUCCCUGAUGUGUCACUGGAGAAAGGUUUUGUGAGGCACGUGGGUGUCAGCAAUCAGCCACUCAUGCGGGGUCAGAGGAUAGUGGACGCAGCAAUCUUCUUCGUGGCCAUCCUGGAGGCUCACAAGACCUAUGGCCCUCAGCCUGAGGCGCUCCUGGUUUGCGGUCUCUACUUCACAGACGGGAUGAUCCAGCUGCUGGUCCUGGCAGCCUCCCUCCUACUCCCCAGGCUCUUCCAGGAAUGGCACGAGUAUGUAAAGGUGUUCUGCCAGCUGUGCAACUUUGUGACAAUGACGAGUGUCACACUGGCGCUCACUUCCCUCGGGCAGGAGUUCCCGAUUAGGCACCACAUUAACAUCAUGAUGUGCGCCAUCAACUACCUGCCCGGCCAGGUCCGCGUGUCGGUGUUUGCUCCCAUUUUGGCAGUGGAGGGUGUGGGGUGGGUGGUAGUGGGGGCCAUCCAGAGGCAGUAUAAUCCCCUGCACUCCGCCCCUGUCAUAACCACGGCGUGGCAGCUGGCGCGCCACGUCAUCACCACCUACUUCAUGUGCUUUUGGGUGGUGGUCAUGGUGGGCCUGCUGCUGGAGCUGCGCAGCCGCCGCUGCUUCCUCAUGUCCCGCAAGUCCUGCGAGCUGCAGUGGCAGCCCAGCGGCUUUGCGGCCGCGCUUGCGCAUGCGGCUGGCACAAUCACGCGCCCCUUCUACGCUGCCCCCGGGCCGCCGUGCCAGCCCUUGCUGGACGACAGCGCGGCGGCCGCGCCGUGCCGGAGGCGGCCGUCGGCGGCACGCAGCGCUGCAGCCUGCAUUGCAUCCAGCUCAGAGGGAGCCUCAUCCUCGGCCGGCUGCUGUGCACCAGAAAGGUGGGCAGGCCAGUGCAUGGUAGGAGCUCCAGACAGCGGGUCAGAGGAGGGCCUUUCAGAGAGGGCGGGUUCUGGGCCGUGCGGGGCAGAAGGCAUCGAGCAGAUCCAGGCCUGCCAGCAGCUGCUGGAGGACCGGGAUAAGCUCGCCAAGCAGCACCGCUAUCUCAGAUACAAGUUGGAGCUGCUGGAGAUGGAGGUGGGGCGGGACACACUGGAGGUAAUGGGGGAGCGCUCGCGCGCGCAGCAACUGGCGCAGCAGGUGGCCAACAUGACUCAGCAGCUGGCUGCCCAGCGCUGCGUGGCCACAUUCCUGGGCUCUAACGAGCAGUCCCUGCGCGAAGAGAUCGCAAACCUGCGCAAGGAGCGGAACGAGCUGGCAGAGGACGUGGAGCGGGUGCGAGCGGCGGCAAAGAGGGUAGCUGCGGAGAAGCUGGAGCUGCUGGAGAAGCUGGAGCGGGCGGUGCACCUGAUGGAGCACAUGCGCGUGCAGGCGCAGGCCGAGAAGGCCGCCAUGUGGGGCGGCCUGCUGCGUGCGCUGCAGCUCAACCAGCCGCCGCCCUCCCUGCAGGAGGCCGCACCUGCCGUCACCAAGCGGCUGAAGGAGCUUGGGUGGCCGGUGAGCGCUGAUCUGUCGGCUUGGCUAGACGCCAUGGUGCACAAGGAGGAGGAGCGCCGGCGAGAGAUGACAUCGCAGCACGUCUCCCCGCGCAGCUGCCACCCGGCUUCCUCGGAACCCGGCAGCAGGCGCAGCUCCGAGGGCUCACCCCAGGAGCCAGCCGCCACAGAUCAGCCGGGGACAGAGGGCACGCAGAGCGCGGGGGAGGCUGCGCCGUCGACUGUCAUGCAUGCUCCGGUGAACGAGCAGAGGGGAAAUGCAGAGAGUGCAAGCUCGUCUGCGCCGCAGGGAGGGCUGCCGGCCAGCGUGCUGGCGCGGCUGCCGCGCACGCAGGGCAGACAGGAAUCAUGGCAGGGGCCGGCGAGGGUGGUUUAUCAGGGAUUCCAGCGGGAGGACCGCCGCUCCACCAGCCUGGAGAGCGAAACCUUGUCGGAGCGCUUCAGCAGCUUUGGCAGCGACGCACUGCUCGAUCGCUACAGCAGCAUCAGCAGCGUGGACAGCCAGCCAGACCUUCCCGCCCGAGGCUCCCAGGCUCGGGCAUCGGCCGCGAGGGACUGCGGCACAUGCAGCGGCCGCGUGCACAAGCCGGUACUCAACGCUGUGUCGUCCAAAGUCGUCGCCCUGAGCUCGAGCGCCAACAUGGCCGGCCCAGAGUGGACCCACCUCUUUGCCGCCAAAUCCCACCAGGAGGCGGCGUGGGCAGGCAUGCUGGCAGACAACCUGCGCCUGUUGGAGGCCCUGGCAGCAGAUAGGCUCGCUGACGACACCAAGGCCCUGCGCACCGCGCUGCAGAUCUCGGAGGAGGGCCCCUCGCGCGCCCCGGCCAGGCCCUGCCAUUCGUGCCAGGCCGCCUCUCAGCGGCUGGCGGAGUCUGAGGCGGAGCAUGCGGGCAUGCGUGGGGCGGCGGUGGCAGCCAUGCGCCACCUGACUGCGCAGCAGCAUUCCCUGCGCAAGAAUCUGGACCGGCUGGCGCCUGUUCUGGCCGCGGGGGACCCCUCAGGCAGCCCCGAGGCCGACACUCGGCUGCGCCUCAAGGUGGCUGCGCGCCUGCGCCAGCUGGCUCAGCCGCCGCCCCAGAUGGCAGGUGCCGGCGUGCUGCUGGACGGCCUGCUGGGAGCCGUGCCCAGCGCGGCUGAGAUUGGAGCCGCGCUGUCGUGCGCUGACAGCUCGCAGGCAGAGAAGUGCAUGGGCGUUUGGCUGGAGACUGUCAUCUCCUGGCUGCAGACGAUGUCCACCAGCACAGACGAAGCGCCUGGCGGGUGUGGGAAGGAGGGGGCGGACAGCGCGGUGCAGCAGCUGGAGGGGGCGCUGCAUGUGGUGGUGGGACGCCUGGUGGACCGCGCGUUUGCGACGCAGUCGGCCAUCGUGCACUUUGCGCACUCGCUCGCGCGCCAGGCCCAGGCGCUGUCGGCAGCCAACCAGCAGCUGCGCGAAAUUCGCCAGAACGAGCGGCGCAUGCUGGACGUGCUGAUGACUGACCGGCAGAAGCUGCUGGCCAACGUGGCGGCACUGCGCUGCUGCACGGAGUCUGCCGUGUGCGCCAGGUGCCGCCAGCCAAUGUCCGAGUGCAGCUCGGCGACCUCUGCCGCCGCCUGA